CUUGCCCGGAAAGGCACGUUGUAUGUAGAUGACCAUGCUUGGGUUAUCUUCCUACACCGCAAGGUGGGGGGCCAGCGUCUCGCUGGUCCUCCUCUUGCAUGUUGUUCUGCCAUGCCAAGGGGCAAUAGAACCCUUACCGCUAUCGGACGUGCGACUUUUAGAUACUUCUAUACAGAUACGUUAUGAAAGGCUUAACGCGAAGUACCUGCUAGACAUGUUGGACCCGGACCGCCUGCUCUGGUCCUUCCGCAAGACAGCCGGCCUACCAGCACCGGGGACGCCUUAUAUUGCUUCAUGGGAGGAUCCUGGAUGCGAGCUACGUGGCCACUUUGUCGGACACUACUUGUCGGCACUGUCGCUGGCAUGGGCCGCGACGGGCAACGUUGCUUUCCACACGCGUCUGGAGCUAAUGGUUUCGGAGCUGCGCAAGGUGCAGGAGGCCUUCAACCUCGGAGGCUAUCUGUCCGCCUUUCCCACCGAGUUCUUCGAUCGGGUGGAAGCUCUGAAGCCGGUCUGGGCGCCGUACUACACGAUCCACAAGAUCAUCGCGGGCCUGGUGGACGCCUACGAGCUGGGCGGGCAGCAGCAGGCGCUGCCCAUGGCGGUGCGCAUGGUGGCCUAUCACUGGAACCGCACGCAGGCAGUCAUAGCGGCCAAGGGCAGGGGGCACUGGAGCGCGGUGCUCAACUGCGAGUUUGGCGGCAUGAACGAGAUCCUGUACCGCUUGUACCGCAUCACGCACGACCCGCGGCACCUGGAGUUCGCCCGCCUGUUCGACAAGCCCUUCUUCCGCGAGGGCAUGGAGAAGGGCAACGACAUCCUGGAGAGCCUGCAUGCGAACACGCACCUCGCGCAGGUGGCGGGUUUCGCGGAGGCGUACGACGCGGUGGGCGACGAGGCCGCGCGCACGGCCACCCGCAACUUCUUCGACAUCGUCACGGAGCACCACAGCUUCGCCACCGGCGGCUCCAACGACCACGAGUUCUGGCAGCGGCCCGAUGAGAUGGCGACGUCGGUGUGGGUGCAAAAAGACGCGGUGGAGACGCAGGAGACGUGCACCCAGUACAACAUCCUCAAGAUCGCCCGCUCGCUGUUCCGCUGGACGGGCGACGUGCGCUACGCCGACUUCUACGAGCGCGCGCUGGUGAACGGCAUCCUGGGCACGGCGCGCCUGCCGCCUGAGGACUGGCCGGAGAACGCCCUGCCGCAGCGCCACGGCGGCGACGCGCACCACCACCACCACCACCACGUCAACCACCUGCGUCGCAGCCUGGUGACCAGCGGCGCAGCAGCCCAGCAGGCCGCUGGGGCAGCAGGCGCCGGGGGACAGCAGCAGCAGGCGGCAGGCGGGACGGGCUCGGUGACGCUGGUGAGCUCGCACCGCCGGCCGCACAAUGAGGAGUGGCUCAACUGGUGGGCCUUCGCCAAGCCGCAGCCCGAGUGGAAUGCGUCGGACGCGCAUGGACCAGGCGUGUUCAUCUACUUGCUUCCGCUGGGUACUGGCCAGUCCAAGUCGGACAACAUCCACCACUGGGGCUUCCCCUUCCACUCCUUCUGGUGCUGCUACGGCACCGUCGUAGAGUCGUACGCCAAGCUGGCCGACUCCAUCUACUUCAAGGACAUGACUCCGCAGCAGGGCGAGCCCUCCGCCCCCAAGCUGCCGCCCCGCCUGUACGUCAACCAGCUGGUGUCCUCGCGCGCCACCUGGCGGGAGAUGCAGCUGCGGGUCACCAUGGAGGCAGACAUGUUCGCAGCGGGCCCCGCUGCUACGGCGGAAAUCCGUUUCGAGCCGCUGAGCGCCCCCGCCGCCGGUUCGCAGCUGCUGGACAGCUUCACGCUGAUGGUGCGGGUGCCCGAGUGGGUGCGUACGGCGGGGCCAGGGGAGCGCAGCAGCAGCGGCGGCACGGGGGGCAUCAGUGUGGAUGUGAACGGGCAGCUGUGGACGUCCUGCCCCGGGCCGCCCACGCCCGGCAGCUACUGCCAGAUCACGAGGCAGUGGUCCACGGGCGACACCGUGUCCCUCCGCAUGCCCAUGCGCUGGUGGAUGAAGCCGCUGCCCGACAACCGCCCCAACUACCACGGCCUGCGGGCGGUGAUGAUGGGUCCCUUCGUGAUGGCCGGGAUCACGCACCGCGACCGCGGGCUGCGGCUGCCCGCGGAGCCCGCCACGCUGGCCAGCCGGGUGUACCCGCCGGAGGAGGCGGACGAGCUGCUGUCGGUGGAGGCGAGCUGGAACGCCAGUCUGCGGGUGCGCCACGACGCCCACCUGCUGUACAUGUCGGCCCUGGAGGACGGCGGCGACGCCAUGGACGCCACCUUCCGGCUGGGUCGCGCAUGCCAGCACACCACCGACACGGGGGCGGGGCCGGGCUCCUCGGCCUCCGCGGCCUCAGGCGGCCACCACGGCCUGCUGUCGCUGCUGCAUGGUCAGAAGGCGGUGCAGGACGGCAGCAGCGCUGAAACCGCCAGCUCUUACAGCCACAGCUCGCUGGCUGGUGCCUUCGGGUCGCUGCGCUCGCUGAUGCGGCUGGGGCAGCACGACUCGGGGCAGCAGCUGAGCCUGGAGUCCAUGAGCUACCCCAACCACUACAUCGCGUACGACCACACAGACGUCAUCGUGCUGCAGCCGGGCUCCGCAGGUGCCUCCGACGCCGCCACAUGCAGCCGAGCCAUGUGGAUGAUGCGGCCGGGGCUGGACGGAGCGCCCGACACCGUCUCCUUCGAGUCGGUCAGCCGCCCCGGAUUCUACCUGGCAGCAGUGGGGCCGGAGCCGGGGCAGGCGGGGGAUGCGGCGUGCCGUGACGCGUCGGGGCAGCGGUGCCACGACCAGAGCGAGAACGGGCCCUGCGCCAGCGACGCAUAUGCUGCACGGGUGACCUGUCGCCAGUCCUGCGGCUGGUGCAACGUGACUGCCUCGGCGCUGCGACUGCGGCAGCGACCCAUGGGCGACGCCGCCUUCGCCAAGGCCGGCUCCUUCCGCCUGGGGCCCGCCGCGCGGCGCUCCUACCCCGCCGGCUCCUACGUGCUGGCCGGCCUGAACCGACACUACCUGCUGGCUCCCAUCGGCAACCUGAUCGACGAGCGCUACACGGCAUACUUCAUGGUGGUUAGCGACCCCGCGCCUGCCAGGAGAUAGGGGAGCUGUGAUUGGAGCCGUGAUAAGGCCCAUGAGCAGCGUAGAUACCGGUAAUACGGUAGUAGUAGUUUGCAUUUCCUCUGGCUGGGAGUUUUGCUAUCUGCCCAUUGCAUGCACGCAGGUAUUCAAUUUUUUUGGGUUUUGCUGGUUUGACAGCUAGUGCGCUGGUAUGUAUCUAUCUAACUUGCACUUCUUCACGCCUAUUAAACGGGUGGCGUAGUAACGGCGCUGUAGAGGAUGAUGCAGUGGUUGCGUUCACCUUGCGAAUGAGGGGUGACGGCAACCGAUGCCAGAAACCUGUCAGGAGCCAGCCAUAUGUUUCAGGGACAGCGGCCCGGCUGCCGUUACGUGUCUUUACACAACAUGCAACCUCUAGGCCUCCUCGCAACGGAAUCAAUUGCCACCUGCCGUACCAUACCAGCGCUGCAAGCGCACGGCCGCAUCAUGCGGGCAACCCCGGGUGCCCAGGGUCAGUGCCACCUUGUGCCGCCAGCCACACCCAAUGAGGGGGCACCAAUACCGUAGUGUACAACGCGCUUAUUGCACUUCAUGCUACCUUGCUGUCUAAACCCCUUGGGAACGCCGAAAAGGGCCAGGGCCCUCUCAUCCUCUGGGCUCAAGUGUCAACGUGAGAGUGGAAGCUAAACGCAGAGGUUGCCGCGAGCGAACACUCCUUCCCAGUUGCUGUUCAGGAACACGAUCCAUUGCCCCAUUUGCC